AUGAACGACGAGUCUCUCUUGGAAACUACGCGCAUCUCCGACACCUGCCGUCUCUGGCUUCUCGACAUAGGCCAAACUCCCGUCCCAACCCUCCUCAUCGAUAGACACAUUCUCAAACAGGUGGAAAAUGGGCGGUGCGAUCAAAUGGAUGGUGUCAGAACUGCUAUUCAGAUAGGUGUCGACGUGGAAUUCCAAUGGAAAUCUGAUAGUUGGGAUAAGAAGUUUGAGGUGUUCUUCUAUGUGAACGAUACGGAAAAGGAUUAUUUGGAUUUUCGAACGGAGAGAAGGAAAAUUAUUCCAAAAAACUUCCCAACCCAACGAAUCGGCAACCUUCUCAUCCCUACCGUAAUUCCCAUAUUCCUGGAAUUCUGGCACCGUGCCAACUACGUUCCCUGCCGAAACAUGACCAUCAAACGGGACUCUCCACGACUCGAGACGUUUCCCUUCCUCCAAAAAUACAUACUAAAAGAUCCGCCCAUUCCGCCGAGGGAGUCCGUGCGCCACCUGGCUGCACUCAGAGAUCAAAUGUUGCGAUUCGGGAUUUUCCCGUUUCUAAACGGUGGGACAUUUCUCGGAUGGUUCAGAGAGUGUACAGUAAUCCCGCAUACGACCGAUAUGGAUUUGGCUAUUUUCUCCGAGAAUUGGAAUACCGAAUUCUUCGAAUUUUUGUGGUCGAAACAGUCGAAAUUUCGGGUGAAACGGCAGUUGGGAAUGGUCAACGACUCGUACGAAGUGACCGUACUCCCGAAGACCGGUUUUCCCACGCCAAUCGAUAUUUUUCUGCUCUACGAAGGCCGAAAUUACACGACGGGCGCCGACUAUCGAUGGGUCGGCGGGACGGCGAUCGACGGUCAAAAAUACAAGUACAUCUACCCACCGUACGAUCCCUACUGCUCCGCCGACCUUCUCGGUCACAUCUUCUGGGUCACGUGCACACCGGAGGUCAAGGUUACGUUGGAGUACGGUACCCGUUGGUACACGGACAGGAAUUCGUUGAAGUACGUGUGGAAUGCGGCGAGAAAUGUGGUGCGGAACGGGCGGUUCAGUGAAAAACAGAUGCGGGACGACGUGUAUAAUGAAUAUCGAUUUUGA